AUGAGCCUUAAACACCCGCAGCCAGAACCAGACCCCAUACAAAACAACCCCAAAGACAAACAGCAGCAGCAGCAGCAGAUACUGCUGCAGCGAAGCAGCAACUGCUGUAAACGUACCGAUAGCACCAGCACCUAUCACAGCUUCUCUUCUUCUCCCCAUCUUAGGCAGCAGCAAGACAAACUGCAGCAGCAGCAGCAGCAGCAGCAGCAGCAGCAGCCGCUAAAACAGCAGCAACAGCAGCAAAUGACCUUAUAUAACUUUUUUUUGUUUGUUGAUGCGUACAACACAAAGAAGAAAGACGAAGACAGCAACAAGAAGAUUGCUGCUGCAGCAGCAGCAGCAACUGAAGCAGCUGCUGCAGCAGCAGCAACAGCAGCACAAGCGGUGACUGCAGCGAAGCCAAUAACCGCAGCAGCAGCAGCAACAGCAGCAGCAGCAGCAACUGCAGCAGCAACUGCAGCAGCAGCAGCAGCAGCAACUCCAGCAGCAGCAGCAAUGGAUGCUGCAGAGGGGGACCUGUUCGGGCCGGACGACGAGGCGCAGGAACAGCAGCAGCAGCAGCUGCUGCAGCAGGAGCUGCAGCAGGAGGAGCAGCAAGAACUACAGCAGCAGCAGCAGCAGCAGCAGCAGCAGCAGGAUUUGUAUGCAUCUGCUGAUGGUUCUCUGUUAGCGGGGGAGCAGCAGCUGCUGCAGGAGGACUAUGAGCAGCAGCAAGAGGAGGAGGAGCAGCAGCAGCAGCAGCAAGAGUAUGAGGACCCCGAGCAGCAGCAGCAGCAGCAGCAGCAGCAGCAGCAGCAGAGCAGCAGCAGCAUUGAUGCAGCUGAAUACCGCAGCAAGAAGAAAUCUAAGAAAGAGAAGAGUGAAAAAAAACACAAACACAAACAUAAACACAAACACAAACACAGAGACAAAGACAGAGACAAAAACCAAAAAAAACAAGACGCUGCAGCAGCAGCAGCAGCAGCAACAGCAGCAGCAGCAGCAGCAGCAGCAGAUGCAGAAGAUGAAACCCUCGGUGGUUUUAUAGAAAGAGACGAAGAAGCUGCUGUGCACGAAGACCCCGAUGACAUCGUACCUGUUGAGGGGGGGAUAGACAGCGAUGUAAACCCUAAACCCUAA